CGCGGGGCGGCGGCGAUGGGCGGCGGGGCGCGGGAGCUGUGCGGGUACCUGGCGGCGCUGGCCGGGUGGGUGUCGGCGCUGGCGGCCGCGGUGCUGCCGCAGUGGCGGCAGAGCUCGUACGCCGGGGACGCCAUCAUCACGGCCGUGGGGCUCCACGAGGGGCUGUGGAUGAGCUGCGCCGCCCAGAGCACCGGGCAGGUCCAGUGCCGCCUGCACGACUCGCUGCUCUCCCUCGACGUUCACAUCCAGACCUCCCGGGCUCUCAUGGUCAUUUCUCUCCUCCUGGGCUUCUUCGGCAUCAUCGUGAGCGUGGUGGGCAUGAAAUGCACUAAAGUUGGGGAGGAGGAUCCUGUCACCAAAAGCCGCAUAGCUGUCGCUGGAGGUGUCCUCUUCAUCCUCUCUGGUCUGUGCUCACUGGCUGCCGUGUCCUUGUACGCGACACAGGUGACCUACGAGUUCUUCAGAGAGAGCGCCGUCCCCAUCAACGCCAGGUACGAGUUUGGCUCUGCUCUCUUCGUUGGCUGGGGGGCCGCUGGCCUCUCCAUGCUGGGGGGGUCCCUCCUGUGCUGCUCCUGCCCUGCCAAGGAGCGCCGAGCGCAGCAGUACCACCGGCAGUCGCAGCCCUCCACGUCCCGGGAGUACGUCUGAGCCCUCACCCUGCCCUCCCACCGCCUGGUGCCUCCCUCUCCUCCCAAAAACAGGCCAGACCCCGGUGCUCCCACCCCACCCGGUCCCCCGAAUGCUCCACGAGACCUUUCUCCUCCUCAUCUUCCAGGUUUCAGCACCGUUUGCAGUGCCAGCCUCUAAAACAGGGCUUUCGAGGGUCACAGCUCCCAUGUCCAUCACUGCCACGGUCCCCUCGGGUGGGCAGGGUGGCACCCCCAGUCCCCUGGGGUUGCUGGGCCGUGUCCACCCGUCACAGGGGUGCUGCAGGGGUAAUGGGGGGAGGCUGAUGCCAGUGCCACAGGGGCACAAAGCCGAUCCUGUGGGGAUGUGCUGCACAGAAGCACUUUGUGCCAUGACCACCCCUCUCCCACAUCCUGUUUUCGGGAGCAAGUGGGGGGCGAAGCCAGUGCUUGCUUUUCCUGAGAUGAGGUUUUCACACCUAACAGCCCCAGCCCAACUCAGGGCUCGAGCAUUCCCACGCCCUGCUUUUGGCAGAGGGAUGCUUCCAGUGCGUUCCUCCACCUCCUUGCUACCUAAACCCAGCGUUUUUAAAAGUUAUUAUUAAUUAUUACUAAUUCCUGCCUGGAGGUCAGUUGCUCCAGCUGAGCUCUGCCAGACAAAAAACUGCCCUGGGCUCGUUCCUUCCUAGGACCAGGGGCUCUGAGCACAAAGGAGGGUUUGUUUUUAUUUUUGGUGCCCAACUCACCUAUUUCGAGGGGCAGAUGGACAGAGCCCCAAAUUUUGGUGCCUCCCUGCUGGGUCCAAAUCCCCCUUCCCGAACAGGCGGUGAAGGCUCCAAACCCAACCUGCUAAUUGCCUCUGCCUCCUCGAACCUCCACACCACUGCUGCUAAUUGCUCUGCAACUGCCAAAGCUCCAAUUUGUCUGUAAAUCCCCCAAAACCCCCCAUACCCCCAGCCCUCCAGCCCUGCUGCAUUUGUGGCACCAGCCAACCCACAGGGAAAGACACUGGAAAUAAUCCAAACAGCUUGGUUAUCUACUUUUUAUUAUUUUAUUUUUUAACCCCAAUUAGAUGAAAUAGCUGAUUUUUUAAAAAAUUUUCUUUUGCUCUAUUUUGUUUUAUUUUCCUCAAUCUUCUUUUAUUUUGCUCUAUUUUAUUUUAUUUUACACUGUAUUAUUUUAUUUUACUCUAUUUUAUUUUCUCUUCCUCUGUUUUAUUUUGCUGUGUUUUAUUUCACUCUGUUUUUCUCCAUUAUGUUUUCUUUCCUUCCACUUUAUUUCCUUUCCCUCUGCUGACCUGCUCUGGAUCCCAGGCUGUGCUGGAGGAGAAGCAAUGCUAUUUUUCUUUCCCUUCCCCCUGCACUACCUGCCUUUUUCUCUUUUAAACUGCAAAAAUUAAAACUCUGUCCUGCACCCCUCAGGGAGAAAGCAGUGCUUGUAGGUUGGCUUCACCCAUCAGGUUUGAGAAGGAACCCUGUGCUUUAAAACCCACCAAAAAAUCGACUAAAAAGGCCUUUUUAUAUCGCAGUGUUGUAUAAAGAAUGUUUUUAUUCUUUUAAUAUAAAAUUCCAUUAAUUUUUCUACGGGAUGAGGGAUGGGUGGGGGAUUUUUAAAUGCU